AUGGGUAAACACCAGAAAUUCGCUAUUGGCAAUGAGAUGCUUCAAUCGUUCCCUUCACCAAGUGCCGCAGUUAUAGAUGUUCCAGCACCACCUCCACGCCAGAAUCAACCAAUUUAUCCACAACAAAAACAACAGUACCCACCCCAUGUCCAGCAGAGCCCGCAACCACCUCCGAGAUUUCCGCCACCUCCACAACAGGUUCACACACCUAUUCAAAGGCCUAUUCAAAGACAACAACCUGCGAUUCGCCAGCAAAUUAUUCAGCCGCAACCUCUGAGCGCACGCCCAAAAGCUCCGCAACAACUGGAAGUGUCAAGAUUGUCUUCAUCUUCAUCGGCAUCGUCGAUUUACACUCCAGCUGGUGACAUUGGCAGACGAGUUGCAAGUGACACACACCAGAAUCAGGGUUACUGGUCCAAUUCGCGGUCACAUUCCCGUUCAGGAUCCGAAACCAUUGCUCCUAGGCUUGAUUAUGACUACGAAUUGGAACAUACGUAUAGAUCCAGGUCUCAUGCAGAGGCUGUCCAGAUCCCACGGCCUCGCAACCUGCGUUCGCCCGUUCGCCUUAAUUUGAUUGAUGAACUACACAGACUGUGGAAGGAGAAGGUGCCUAUGACCCUCGAAAGAAGUGAAGUUCGAAGUUUGUUGGAGCUAGUGCGCACCGUGCCGAGAAGAAGCCUGAUUGAGUCGGAUUUGGCUGAUGUGUUAUUCAACCCGGACCGCACACCGUUCAAGAGCAGUGCCACACGCAUGCUUUUCCACUCGUACUGCGCCUCACCAAAAGGGCUGAUGACUGACGAGGAAUUUUUGGAUCUGUGCGAGUGUUUGAGACACAUGGAGACGACUUACUACAAAAAUGACACCAACGCGAAUGGAGCCAUGGGGUUUGAUGAGUUCAAGACCACGAUGCUGGGUCACCGCAUCUCGCAACGUACGAUUUGGAGCAUUUUUCAGGUUUAUGCCAGUAGCUCUGGAGAAAUAAAGCUAGACUCGUUCAUCGAAUGUUGUUGUGCGAUGACCAAAGCUCUGGAAAUUUCACAGGUGGUAGAGUACGGCUACGACCAUGGCAUCGCCAUAUCCAAGAACAAUUUCUUUAAAGAAUUCAUUCGCUUGCGGCAGUGA